AUGUUUACAGCAAAACCAACCCCCUCGACCGCCUCGGCGACGACCGCCCCACCGCCACCGUCGACGAGUGCUGGCGAUCCCGACACCACCACCACCACCACCAUCACAACAGCCGCCAACACAACAACACCAACAACCGCAAACACCACCACCACCACCAAAGCAAACAACCCAAACAAUCCAAAGACUCAGCCUCAGCCUCAGCCUCAGAAAAAUGCAAAGCCGAACAAGACCCCCAGCUCCCUCCUCUCGCGCAUCCUCCUCUUCGCCAAGCUCGGCCCGCCCCUGCCGCAGCGCCGCCGCCACCGCCCCACCGCCGACGACGCCGAGCGCCACCUCGCCGCCAAGCACCGCAUGAGCCUCGACGACUACCGCGAGUGGCGGUCGUCUACUACUACUUCUUCUUCUUCUUCUUCUUCGUCGAGGAGGGGGACGGGGACGGGGACGGGGACGGGGAGCGGUGGUAGGGGAGGAGGGGGUGUGGAAGGGGAGGGGGAUAGGGAAGUCUUGGCUCGUUCUGCUUCUUCUGAUUCUGCUUCUGGGGGAAGGCGUGAAGGGGAGGCGGAAGGGGAGAUCGGUUGCGAUGAGGGUGAUGGGAGGUGGAGGUGGACCGGGAAGGAGGACGAGGACGAGGACGAGGACGAGGACAGGCGAGAUCAACGGCAGCGGCAGCGGCAGCGGCAGCGGCGCUCGUCUCCGUCCGUCUCGCCCCUCUCCCCUCCGUCUUCCUCUCCGGUGGUUGUGACGGCGACGACGACUCCUGCCGCUGCUCCUGCCACCACUCGAACCACCCGAACCGACUCCGUACUGCACCCCCUUGUGCAGCAGCCGAACAAGCAACAAAUCCAACAACAGCAAAUCCAACAACAGCAGCAGAAACAGCACCACCACAACCCCCACAACCCCCACAACCACCAUCCAGCUCCAGCUCCAGCUGCACCUCCUCUCGGCCAUCCAAACAACAGCAAGGACAGCAGCAGCAGAAGCAACAGAGACGAUGAUGACGACAACGACGACGACGGUGGUGACGACUGGAACGAAGACCAAGCCGAGGCGACACCCAGGCCCAGCACAUGCGUGCUGCUGACGAGAAACACAGCCGCCGCAGCGGCCGCCCCGACAGGCGAUGCGGAUCGACAGCAGCAUGUAAACGGAAAAAGGAAAGCGCUGGAGAAGAAGAGGCAGGGGCGGGGCCGGACGCGGCUGGUCAAGGCCAUGUUCCAGCGGCGAAGGAGCAGCGACGGUGAGAAGAACGGAGGGGUGAUGAGAGGGAGGGGGAGGGAGCGGGAGCGGGUGUUUAGUGAUUGA